CAUUCAUUCAUGAACUUCUCUGAGUGGAAGGCAGUAUACGCGUAGAGCGAGCAAGUUGAAUGCAAGUUGCCGUAGUCUGCAUUUCAGAGACCCAAAGGCAUUCCAGACGAGUUCAACCAACACACAUUGAAUUUACAUACUCCACAGAAACAUCCAAACAUGAAUGGAUCGAUACUUCCAAUCUUCCUGGCUCUAUGUCUGGCUGGCUGGGCUGUAUCUGGCACUUCUUUUGAAGCUCAGAAGACCUCCCCUGUCUGUUACCUCUGUAACGAUACUCAAUGCCAAAAUAUUGAGUCUGUUUAUGACCAUUGGACGGAUCAUUUGACUCUGUGGUCACGAGGUGAAAUGGCUCCCCUGCCUCCCUGCCCCACCAUCCCCCCCCCACCAUCUGGACAAUGCCUGUUGUGUGUUGAGAGCCAGAAGGUCUACGCGGUGUGUGACUCAGAGAUCAUCAAGCCAGUCUUUGAGGGGCAAGGCAGCUCCAUGCCUGUCAUCGAAGCCAGUUGCACCGGCAUUGUUUCAACUGUCCAGACGGGUGGACCUGGAGGUUUUGCUGGGAGUCCUGAUCCAAAUCCCCCCACAAUGACCCCUGAUGGCACUGGCAGGUUAUCCAAGGAAAAAAUAAUCGCUAUUGUGUUAAUCCCAAUGGCCUUCUUCGUCAUCAUCCUCAUCGUUGUUUUGCGCAGAAGGACCAGUUCAAGUGUUGUCUGGUGUCCACUUCAGAAGUCCACUCAGAGCAACACUAGACCCAGUUAAAGUUAUUAAAGAAAAAGGAAUCUCAUCAUAUGUGCUCUUCCCUUGUCUAAUGUCAGAAUAAACACCAAAGAACUGGG